AUGGCAAGGAAAGAUGAGCUCGAGAAGCGGCGGCAGCAGAACCAACUGGUUCCCUCGGCUUGCGGUGGCUGUGUGCUUAAACGUCCUCCUUUUGACGACGAGUACUACUACCAGUCGCUAGAUACUGGUUCCCUCAAAAACGAUAUUAUCAUUGAGAUACUGAAAAGGCUACCAGCCAAGUCUUUAUUGCGAUUUCGUGCUGUAUGCAAGUCAUGGUGUGCUUUCAUCUCUAAUUCUUCUAAUUUUAGUAGGAAGCAUCUCAGUCACGCAGUCACCGAUAGCAGCAGCUUCCGGGUCCUUUAUUCAUUGAUGCCUCCCCUCUCCGUAGACUGCGAAGCUUUAUUGAAGAAAGAUGGUCCUGUUCAAGGCAGAAAGCUUAAACUACCAAACCGUUAUAAACAGCACCGGCGAACGACUGGCAGUUUAAAACGUGAGGUUGCGAAUAUUGUUGUGGGUUCUUGCAAUGGCUUGAUAUGUCUUCUAUUAAAAUGGGGCUACGUUGUCUUAUGGAACCCUUGUACUAGAAAAGUCAACAAAUUACCAAAGCAAACUCAUGUUAAGACACAUCAAACGUUUUACGGUUUCGGCUACGAUUCCUGCACUGAAAGGUACAAGAUCAUUCUGGGGGACAUGCCCUCUAUGCCUAAAACAUUAGCCCAUAUGGCAAUUUUUACAACAUCAUGGAGGAAUUUUGAUGACGUUCAAAUUCAUAACGAAAUAUAUGGUCGUGGAUGCUUACUAAACGGAGCUCUACAUUGGAUAGAGAGUGCCCAAUGGGAUGCCAUCGAGGAUGACCAUAGUGGCCCAUCAAGAUUGAGUAUCAUCUCUUUUGAUUUGGCAGAGGAGAAAUUUCAGAAUCUGGUGUCGUUACCCUCUCUUGUAACCCAAGAUACGAGCGCAAAAGUUUGGACUUCUAGAGAUUCUAUCUUUGUAUGCUUUUGGAAUGGUACAGUCCGUACAGAGACAAAAUUGACAAUAUGGGAGAUGAAGGAAUAUGGGAUUGAGGAUUCCUGGACCAAUGUUGGGCAUAUUUCAUUCAACAGUCAUCCUGAGUGUUAUUGGCCGCUGAAAUUUUUUGAGGAUGGUAACUUUUUGAUGACUAUAUGCGGGGGCUUGCUAGUAUAUGAUCCGGAGAAGAAGACAAUCAGAUCUAACAGUGAUUUGCCCAUCUUGUACAUGGAGACUUUAGUUUCACCAUUCACCAGCUGA